UGGAAAAAGGUACACCUCAGCUGAUCAUCUUUUUCGUACCGACGUGCGUCACAGUCACAAUAAGACUCCACCAUAGCAAAAGGAUACCCCUUUUUGUUGCCCCACAAAACCUCUCACUUUUUGCUUGACUUUUCGCACUUUUUCUCCCAACCAGCAUACACCAAACCAAAAAAAUCUCAUCACCGAUCAAAUUAUAUUCGAAACGGCAGCCUCGAUGAACACUAAACGACGCCCCACAGCACGCAAAUUGAAAGCCAGAAGGCCCAAAUUCCUCAGCCUCCGCCUCCAAUUUCCGGCGGAUGAGGCCAAACAGAUCGAAGUACCAGCGAAGGCGGAUGCUACCUCCGAUCGCCUCACACUGUUCCCGCUCCAGCCAGAAAAUCAAGCAGAAGAGAGAGAAAACAACGAUCACGAGAACGUCGCCUUCUUCUUCUCCGCCGCGGACGGCGGUGCCUCCACCCUCACCGGCCUUCUCGACACUUCCACCGCCGCUGAGUCCAUUUCCUCUCACACUAACAACAAUAGCUCCAGGCUCGAUUAUUUGCCACCGCCAUCUCCCGCGUCUCUGACGCAGGCGUACGGCGAGGAGAGGGCGGCGCUCGAGCGGAACGCGCUGAGGAACAGAGAUCGGGACUCGAGCGAGGAGAAGUGGGUGUGCUACUCGGAGGUGGUGAAGGAGGAGGAGGUGACUAGCUCCGCCGUUGAUCCGCGGCGGCCGGCCGGGAUCCGGCGGAUGUCGUUGAAGCUGGAUUACGAGGAGAUCAUGAACGCGUGGUCCAACAAAGGCCCGUUGUAUAUCGACGCAGCAGAUAAUUCCCAGAUCGUCCCUGACAUUGCCCAUCAUUUUCUCUCGCAGGAGCCAUCCAAUUAUAGCGGAUUAAACUCGGGAUGUAAUGGGGGAUCAUGGAUAGUACCAGAAAUCGUGGGAGAUAUUGAUAAUGGCGAGAUGAUGAAAAUGAAAUGUAACGAUGAUCAUGAGCUGAAGAUGGGACAGAGAGAGGCAAGUGUGCUGAGGUACAAGGAGAAGAGGCAAAAUAGGCUCUUUUCCAAAAAAAUACGCUAUCAAGUCAGAAAGCUCAAUGCUGAAAAACGCCCUAGACUUAAGGGUCGAUUUGUGAAGAGAAGUUGAGGAUAGCUGCACGUUUGUCAAAUGACCACUUGGUUUUUAUUUAUAUUUAUUCCGUUUUGUACUCCUUUCCCAUGUAAAGGCACUUGUAUAAUAAAUGAUGAAUUUUUUAAUAAAUUACAAAUAAUAGUAACCAGCAAGUGAUGUGUUAAACACAAGCGGCG